AGCCAGGACGUAAGAUGUGAUCGGACAACAGAUUGUGUCACUAUGACAUUUGUCUGCAUUUGAGAGACAACUGCUUUCUACAACCGCACGUUUCCGUCUCUACAGAAGGAUGAUCGCGCCUCUCGUCUAUUUCUGGGCCACAAGAAGACCAGAAGAGCUGCAUCGUUGCCUGAAGUGGCCUGGUUUGUUUUCAUAAUAACACAGCUGAUAGGCAGAGGUGGGUGUACUCUGUUUAACUAAAUAGGUGUUUAUGACUUUCAGAUGUCCCUGUGAAACCCCGGCUCCUCCACUGUGGCUGUAGAAAGCACCAUGCUGGAUAAACCCAGUGAUAAAGACCAACAGGCUGGCCACUGCUCAGACUGUGGAUGCACUUUCAGCCAAUCAGAGCCCGACUCAACCAGCACGUCAUCCCCUCCCAACCAGCAGCAGACACUCCAGUCCAGGUGCCCGUCCUGCCAGGCGGGCGGCAGCCUUUCCAAUGGCCGACGGCCGCACCGGCGCCUACGCCUGGACCCCCACAUCUGCAGCCUGUGCAACAAGACGUUCAUCUCAUCCGCCCACCUGAAUCUUCACCUCGCCUCCCACAACAAGGAGAGGAAGUUCGGAUGCAGCACCUGUGGCAAGUUAUUCCACCAGGCCUCCCAUCUGAUGGCGCACAAGAUAAUCCACAGCGGAGACAGGCCGUUCAAAUGCCCGGACUGUGGCAAGACCUUCGGCCGCGCCUCCCAUCUGAAGACGCACAGCCGGCUCCACACUGGCCUUCAUCACCUCCUCUUCCUCCUGCUCCUGAAUCCUUACCCACUCAGCCUUUAUCCUCAGAAGUCAACACACGCUCCAGGUCAAAAGCAAAGAGUAAAACAGAGCAGUGACCAGGACGCAGGCAUCUACUUAGACAAAAAUCUUCUUCUCAUCUUUAAUGCAAUUCUGAUAUGGUCAUAUUAAGAUAUUGUCUUAAAUACACCUGAAACAAUCAAAAGUCACUCGUCUCCAAAUUCCCGAAAAGACAAAGAACUAAUUUGCCGUUGAAUAACUCCAGAAACACAACAGACUUUUAUUAAUGUUAGUUUGCGAAUUGCACAGUUAUGUUAUUUAGAAUACUGAGGUUUAUUGCGAAUAAUUCAGUGUUUUUAUUGCACAUUUUAGCUCGUGUGAGCCAUUAGUACACAUAAUAUAUAUGAGGCAUGCAUGAUCACUUUAAUCUUUUCAUUUAGACAAAGAAAAGAAAUCUCCAAUUGUUGUAAUUCAUGGUUAAUAUGUUUUUUUCUUAACUCCACACAGGCCCAUUGGCUUUUAAACACUUGUACAAAUUACAAAUGCAAAGUAAAUGUAUAUUGUGGAAAAAUAAAGACAGAAACAUA